AGAUUCUGCUGUCUGAACUUGUUCUGUCUUCUUAACUGUCUAGGGUUACCAGAUGUGGCAGAAGGCACAGUCUCACCAACUCGAGCUUGGACCAUGAAGGACUACGAAAAUCAAAUCACUGAUCUGAAAAAAGAAAACUUCAACCUGAAGCUUCGUAUUUACUUCCUGGAGGAGCGAAUGCAGCAGAAGUUUGAAGGUCCCACUGAAGAGAUAUACAAAAUUAACAUUGAGCUCAAGGUUGAGAUAGAAAGUCUGAAGAGGGAACUGCAGGAGAGAGAGAAACUGCUCAUCAAGGCCUACAAGGCAGUUGAAAGCUUGGCCCAGGGUGGUGAUGCUGAGCUGCAGCGUGUGAAGGAGGCACAGAAGAAGAAACAAGAGAUGGAGGAAACAUUGACUAGCAGAAUAAACUCUCUGGAAGAGAAUCUUAAAGCUGCCCAAGAAGAUGUGGAAAAAGCCUUUGCAAUGACAGAGAAGGAGAAAGCUCUGAGAAUAGCUGCUGAGCAGAAACUUGCUUCAAUUAUGAAUGCCCCUACAAAGGACCUGGAUAUGGUUACAGGAGCUGAGAAGGACAGGCUUAUAGAGCAACUGAAUCAAUCACUGAAAAGCAAAGAAGCUUUAAUUCAACACCUCAAAGAGGAGAAGUCUCAGAGUGGAUCAUGUGAUGGGAACUUGUCAGAAGAAAAAAUCAGAGAACUUACUACAGCUUUGAGGCAUGAAAAAGAUAGUGAGAUAGAGGCUCUUAGAAUGGAGCUUAAAAAUGAGAGAAAUUCCUUUGAAAAAAAAAUUCAGUCACUCCAAGAAGAGCUACAAGAGAGAGAAAAUGAACUUGCUGUUGAGAAGAAGAAUGGUUUGAAAAGAGAUAAAACUAUCCAAGGGCUAACUGUUGCCUUAAAAGCAAAGGAGAAAGAGAACGAGGAGCUUGGCUCUGAAAUUGAAGAGUUAAAUGCUUCAUUGGCUAAGGCAAGAGAGGCAACUCACAAGGCACAUGUCCAGAAAUUCAAGGGUGCUGCAGAUUAUCAAGCUCUCCUGAUGGAGAAGGAGACCCUGUUAGCAGAACUACGUUCAGAAAACCUCACAAAGGAUGCUGAGAAUCGCAGACUACAAAGGAGGAUUAAGAUGACUGAUCAGGAGCUGAAUGAUUUGAAUUUGGAAAGAGAGAAAAUGGAGAAGGAGCUGGAUGAAGCACAACUACAGAAGAGCAGAAGUGACAAAACCAUUAAUGACCUUAGAAAUCAACUGGAGAAAUUACAUGGUGAAAUGACUGAGAAAGAAAAAGCAGUUGAACACCAUUACAAUUCUCUUUUGAGUGAAAGCAAUCAGAAGCUGCAGAGCCAAGAACUUGUUAUCAAGCGCCUGACAGACAGUGUCAAUCACAAGGAUCUUCUGCUUGAGAAACUUGAUGGAACAGUUAAAGAAAAGGAUGCAGAACUGCAGGAGCUCCUUGAUAAGUACAAGAACCUUCUGAGAGCUAAUGAAGAACUUGAACUGAAAAAUGAGGGAUUAGUCAAGGAAAAAUGUGCUGCCGAAUCCCAGCAGUCAAUCAUCAAGAUAGUCAGAGAGUUAGAGGAAAAUAAGGAAGCUGAAUAUGAGAAGCUGAUCCUUGCUUUGAGGAAAGAACAAAAUAUUUAUUCUACACUAGUGAAGACCUUCAAAGAAUCAGAUAGUAUCAAUAGCUUGCAGGUGGAACUGAACAACAUUUUCAUGUUGAGAAAACAACUAGAAGAAGAUGUUUUAGGCAAUAGGAAUCUCCAGAAGAUCUUAGAAGAUCAGAUUAAGGACAUGAAAAACCGCCAAGAUGAAACAGUGUCUUUCUGUGGAGAUCAAACAUCUUACAUGAGUAUCUGUUUAGGAGAGCAAGAUCAUUUAAGCUUAGGGAUAGACCAUCUGUCUCUUGAAGAACUUAAGAAAAAGGUGACUGACCUGCUGCUGAUGGUUAAGGAACUGCAGACAAUUAACCAAGAACUUAAGCAAAGACAGUCUGGAUGUUGUACAGCAGAGUCUCAAGGGAAGGAGGCACUGAAAAUACUAAACCACAGAGAGUGUCUUGAAAUAACAGAGGAGCCUGUGCUGCAGACUGAAGAUGGUGACAAUGGCAGGAAGAUGCAGAACAGUCAGUUUUGUGACAGGGUCAGUCAGGUAUGCCUUCAAGUAUCUUUGGAUUUCCCUUGUGAGGUGGAUAAACAGAUAACUCCAUCAGGCUAUUCAGAGAGUUUCUGCAAAGACAGACAUUAUAGGAGUCCAAUUAAGCCUCAAUUUGAGCAUGAUACAACUGCCAAACACUUGGGCAGAAUAGGAAUGAGUGAACAUGAAACAGAAGAGAACUUGCUCACGUCUCUUUUAAGAGGAAAUAGAACAUCUGUGCUGGAAUCGACCAGACAUGAACAAAUGAAAAUUGUAAAUGAACUGUUAGAUCAUCUGAACACGACAGAGGAAGAAUGUUCAAGUGAAGACAUAGAGAAAAAGGAUGAAAAAGAUCUUAGGCAAAUGGUUAUUCAACUAAGAGCUGAACUCAAACAUUUCAAGCAGGUCAAUAAAUUCUUGAAGCAGCAAGUAGAAUUGAAAUCAACUUUUGAUGGGAAAGAGAAGCUUUAUCCAGAUGCAGUGGCACAGAUUAAUAAGGAUAUUCAGUUGUUGAAAGUGGAAUUGAAAGAUGCAGCUACACAAACAAUGACUUUAGAGACUAAUGUCAUGAGAUUCAAACAUGAAGGCAAAAAAGGAGCCUCAGAAGAAAAGUCAAAAUAUUCAAGAUUAAAUGCAGAGAGAGAACAUCAGCAAGAAAAUGUGUAUAAGAAGGGUGAACGGCAUGAAAGGCUUUUUCUUGCAAGAACAAGUGAAGCUGCCUCUGCCUACCUGCCCAAGAAGUCCCGUUUGCCUGUGCUCUUAAAAUCCUCCAGACCAGGAGGAAAUGUGCCUGUGAGCUCCUGGAUGCAGAAGUCAGACUCAAAACCACAGUGUCACACCAGAGCACCUUGUGAAGGUCUGAAAGCUUGUGAAGUACAAACCAAACCAUUUGAGGCACAACCUAAUGGAGAGUUCUUGGAGGAGUCUGUAGCUGAAACCCUUGGAGAAGAGCCUGCACAGGGAAGCACAUCAGAGAGAGUUGACUCGCUGCUUAGACAGGAUAAUGGUGAGAUCCAGGUGGAAUUGCAAGGUGUUGAUCCAGGCACAGGGGACAUCAGUGAACAUGCAGUGAAUAAAAAUCAGCAGAACCAUCAAGAAAUGCAAAAUCAUCAUAACCUUAGCAAUGGGAAUAGCCAGAGUUCAUUAGAAGAGAUGGAUGAGGAGUGUUAUUCCAUGGAACAGGAGGACACUGACUCAGCCACUGCAUGUUCAGGCUCCAAGCUCCUGUGCUCUCCCAAGCUGAGUGUACCAAGUACAGAUGCACCCGAUGACUGUGAAGCCAUAGAGGAUAUAGAAGAGUUGAAACAAAGAGUUAAGAAGAUGAAGUCUGAGCUUGAAAAGUACAAAAGGUUCCUGUUUCAGUUGCAGACCUCUGACCAGCUCCUGUUUAGUGGUGUUCCCAAUGGAGUUGGGAGUGAUGCAGCCUUGCCCGGGGAAGGGUUGGUAACACAAGUGCAAGACACAGAUACACAAGAAAUCAAAACACUUUCUAAAGUCCAUCACAUGGAUUAUGAGAUCCACACUGAAAAGAGGAAUUCAGAGUCUUUGAAAGCACCUGACACAUGGGCAGCACAGAACCUUAAGGAGCUGCUGUUGGCAAAUGAGGCAGAACUUGAAAAAGAGCGAGUUGCAAAUAUUCAUCUUGAUGAAGUGUGUCACCUUCAGAGCAGACUGGGAGAAACAUCAUCCAAAUAUGAUUCAUUAGUUCAUUCCCAAGCUCGAGAACUCUCCUUUCAAUGCCAGCAAAUUAAGGAGAUUCGCAGUGGCUGCGUCGCUUACCAUCAGCACCUGACAAACCUGGUGAAAGCCUUUGAGGAGCUGCUCCAAGCCAGUGAUGUAGAUUAUUAUGUUGCUGAAGGUUUCCGUGAGCAGCUGAAUCAGAGUGUGCUGUUGUUUGAGAAGCUAGAAAUGAAAUUCCUCUAUGGAGAAUCAAUAGGGACAGAAGUUACAAUACUUUAUGAAUUAGCUCAAAGGGAUAAUGAGAAGAAUGCCUCGAUGUACCAGCAGCUGCAGGAUCAGUCGCCUGUACCAUCUGCUCUUCAUAGCUUGUCUGACUUUGAUUUGUCAGAGAAGUCUCCUCUUGGAUCCCCCCAGCACAGGCAUGACCUGGAGGGCCAGCAUGGCACACUGGCACUCCUGCCAGACAAGUUUCCCCCAGAGUUACUAAUGGAGCAUCUGCAGGAAAUUAGAAUCCUGAGACAACGUUUAGAAUACUCCAUAAAAACUAAUGAGAGGCUGAGGAAGCAGCUUGAGAGACAAGUCACAGACAAGGAACUAGAUCAAGGUUCUGCAAACAUUUUUAUCCGUGGCUCAGAGCAGCAUAAUUCCCUGACUUCUGAAAUACAUUUCCUGAGGAAGCAAAAUCAAGUUCUGAAUGCAAUGCUGGCUAAAGGAUCCAGAGACAAACAGAAGGAAAAUGAGAAGUUAAGAGAAUCUCUUUCUAAAAAGAACACAAUCAUUGAGCAUCUCCAGGAGGAUUAUGAAUGCAUCAAGAAAGAAAACGAGAAGUUGCACAAACAAAUUUGCCAGAAGGAAGAUGAAAUCAGAUACCUGACAUGUCAGAUUUACAGCAGUCGGAAUGAAUUAAACAGGUUGCAAACAGAAAUUAACGGAAAGCAACAUCAGAUCUCUGAGAAUGAGAAGUUACUGCAGUCACUGCGGACUGAGAUCAAGGUUUAUGAGAAGUUGGAAGAAGCAAGAAAGAAGAGGACAGAUCCCAGAUGUGAUGCCUCAGAAGAAUUCCGAAAAGAUCAGAAUAAUCCACUUGAUUUGCAUGAACUUUUGACUGAAAUACAGAGUUUGCGAGUGCAGCUGGAAAGGAGCAUAGAGACCAACAAGUCUUUGCAUGAGAAACUGGAAGAACAGCUUUCCAAAGGGAAGAGAGAGGAAGUGGGAUCACUGUCAGCUGCUAAUAUCGACUGUCUUUUCAAGCAAGGCUCUCAGCACUAUGCAGGAUUGAAUGCCCCUAAGGACGAUUUGGACAGUGCUUCCCACUGCAGCAGCACCUCCUCUUCCAGCCCCACGUGCACCCCUCGGCUGGUGCCCGGGCAUCGCAUGUGGGCAGACAGGAACGGGCGCCACGUCCUCGGCCUCGUCGAGGACUACAGUGCCCUGAGGAAGCACAUAGCAGAGGGGCAGCAGGUGAUGGCAGGAGUGGAGACUGCCCUGAGACAGCUCACCGGUACCCAGCUGCAGGAGCCUGGAGUAAAG